CUCGAAGAAGCCCUGGCGCGCCCUCCCCCCCUCCCCGGUCUGGUAGGGCGAAGGAGCGGGCGCGCGGUCGAUCGAGCGAUCGGUUGGCGGCUCUUUCUCCUGCUCUGGCAUCCAGCUCUUGGGGCGCAGGCCCGGCCGCCGCGGCGCGCGCCCGGUGGCCGUUGGCGCUCGCGCCGCGUCUUUCUUCUCGUACGCAGAACUCGGGCGGCGGCCUAUGCGUUUGCGAUUCGACGAGGAGUCGUCCGGGUGGUCGGCGGCGGCGGGCAGCUGCUCCGCCCCGCUCCCGGGGAGGCGGCGGCGGCGGCGGGAUUUGGCGCGGCCGGGGAAGCUGGGGUGGCCGGGGCCGGCCUGGAGGCCUGGCGCCACCCUUCGGGGCCUGCAAGGACCCAGUUGGGGGGGCAGGAGGGGGCCGGGGGAUGGUUGGUGGUGGGCUUUCUACUUUGCCUUUUCCUCCUUAUGCCGCCUUAGUGAGGGGCGGGAGCUCUGGCGGCAUCUCCGGGGUGGAGAAACAAGCUCCGGAGUCGGAAGAGCUGGGUUUGCUUCCGGGCCUAGCCACCAGCUGGCCGAGUGACUUUAGGCAAGUCACUCUGUAAUUUGUCUGCGCCUCAGUUUCCUCCUCUGUCAACGUUUGUGGGAUUGAAAGCGCUUUGUAAACUAUAAAGCGUCGGUGAAUGUAAGGGAUGAUUAUUGUUCGUAAGGGUUGGCCUUUUUUUUUUUUUUUUUUUUUGAGUUGUAAGAAAACUUUGCAAUUGCCCAGUCCUUGGAUUUGAACCUGGGAACCUUGGAUUGGAGUUGGAUAUUCCCAAACUCCCUGAAAUUGUGUGCAAAAAUUAGUGGGAAUGUCCAUUUUAGGGGAAUGAGGAUCUAUCGCCAGCAAGUUUUCAGUGGGGGCUGUGACCCAGAAGAGUUAAGAACCACAAUUCCUUUGCCACAAGGAGGAAACUGAGGCCUAGAUGUCAUUUGGGACCCGUUACAACCAAUUUGAAGCCCCUGUUGAAUCCCUGGGAUAUGUGAGCUGUUCUAUGCAUAGUGGAUAUUCGGGGUAACAACACUCCACUGCUUGGCUUCUAUUGUGAGUCUUUUCACCAUGGGUUGCCUGAAGGGUGGCUGACGCAUAUGGUACAGAGGCACCCAAUAUAAAGCAGCUAAAACUAGGAGUGGAUGUGUUUUCUGGUAUUAAGAAGCCUAUUUAAUCUUUGGCCCAACAACUUUUUGUUUUCUGGUGCCUGACUACGUUUCUGACUGUUUCAUUGACCAUUCUCCAUGACCAUGGUUGCCAUACAUUUCUUGCUCCUAUUUUAUAUUCUUAGUGUGUGUGGUUGGUAGUGAGCAGGCUUACUUUUAAAUGGUGCUGCCAAGUCCAGCUAAUUAAUGGUGCAGGUGGAUUUUUAGCAAGCUGGCUCACUGGAACAGACUGAACCAUGCAUGGAAUUCCUGAAGAUGUUUGGGGGUUUGUCUUUAUUAAUUGAAGGUUAACAUUCUCUGAAAAGUUUUGUUAGAACUUCUGCUGAACCUCAAAAUCAGUAGAUUGAAAGUGUUUCAAACCUUGACUCUUUCUUGGCCUGCCUUGUGUUUUCUUUGCUUGCAAGUGUGUUACUAAGAUGGCCAAAAUGCCAGUUUUUGCUUGUUAAUUGUCAGCUGCUUUUAUCAAAUUCCAGGCCAUUAUCCAGCAAACACUAUAGAAAUGUUUGAACACUUGGAUUUCAAACAUUUUCAUUUCGUGGAGUGGUGCUUACCAGUGGUACAGCUCUAAGCAAGCAAACGCAAACACACUUAAGUGUUUUGUCUGUUAGUUGUUAGCCGGUUCUGCUAUUUCAUACAAAUGUCUGGGAAAAAAUCCAUUGACUAUUCCCUUUACCUAGAGGGCAGAGACAAAUGAUCUCAAUUCCAGAGAAACGACUGUUUUGGAGAAAAAUGUGUUGGUCUUUUAGCUCUUUUGUAAUUAAAUCUGGAUGUACCUCAAGAGAAUCUUAAGACUGUGGUGAUAAGAUGCUUUCCUCAGGAGAAGGAGGAAAAAAACAACUGGAACUCAAAGCUUGAAAUUAUGUGACAAAACAUGAGCUGUCCGGGAUAGGAGGUUGAAAGGUUUUCACUACAGUGUUCUGCUCUUGCUGGAACAGAUGUCUUUCAAUAUAGUCACGAUGUGGACUCCAGAUUCUCAAGAACUGGAUCUGGGACCUGGAAGAGAUUAUCGAGGUGUGACAGGAACUCGGGAGCUGGAUUUUUUUAUUUUUGAAUUUGGGGACUGUUGUCUUUACUUUGAGAAAAGAGACAAUGACUGAGCAAGCACUGCCACCAGCACUGUUGCUGGGAAUUCGGAGACCUGAGUUUUCGCCAAACCCUCAGUGCAAACUCUGGCCAUGCUCCAUCCAAAGUGAACUACGUCCUGUGCCUCCUGGUUGCCGAGUGUUCACCUGGACCUUCUGACCACCUUUGUGCUGUUCCAUCAGCCUACAGAUCUGGUACCUGGAUUUUUGCCCAUGGUGAUUCUACCACCUUACUACUGAAGAAGACAUCAUUCCAGUGGACCACUGUGACCCAGGAGGCAUCCAGCGAAUCAUCAUGAUGUGGCCUUCACCUCCACUCCUGUCCUGUUCUACCCAGAUUCAACACAGCCCUUUGUAGUGAAGUCAAACUCCUCAAGCCAAAUAGCUAAAGCUGUUUUACCACAACAAAGGCUCAGUUUGUUCCAUGAGUGUGCAUUUCGUUUCUUCAGUUAAAGGCUUCAGAGACACUUAAUAAUUUGGACCAGGGGAUUUUUAGUUAUCAGCACUGUCUGAAGAAUGGCAACAUCUUUUUGAGAACCGCAUUGGACCAUGCCCCACUAUCUUAAAUGAUUGAAAUUCAGGACGUAUAAACUGGACCCCAUUUUUUUUCCAUUUCAAAUCUGUAGUAGCCUACUGAUUGAGCAAGCAGAUAUUCUGACCCAUUGGGAUUAAAACAAAGGCACAGUGAACUCACAGCAUCUUCUUUGGGAUUACUCAGGAACCAGAACUUUUCACACAAAUGUAAGAAAUUCUACCAAGGAAUCCCUUUACUUAACAGCAUGUCACAAAGCUCCAGUCAGAUUCCAGAAAAGGCCUCUUGAUACAUCCAGCAUUUUGUGAACAACUUAUUCUUAGAUCAUUGGUUUUCCAAAGGCUUUGUGGCCAUGAAGCCCUUUGAAUGAAAACUUUAUGGAAGCCUAGAGUAAAAGUGAAGCUGCUCUGGAGGAAGCAGAAGUGGGGGGCCUGAAACCUGCCACAAGCAUCUUACUUUUCCACCAUGGUGACACCUAAGGAGACUUCUUUACAACAACUAGAAUUCUUCAGAGCACAGUUUGAAAACCACUGCCCUAGACAACAAUGUGUUUGACCUGAAUGGCAUUCUAUUCUACACCUCUACCCAACACAGUCCAUGUUCAGUUGAUGCUGAACAUUCUUAGGAAUACUUACUGUGGGCAAACUCAGAAAAGUACAAGAAGAUGGGCAUAUCUUUGCCCCCCAGAGUAGUCACAUGGGCUGAAAGUGGUAUCAAAUGGACCUAGAGUAAUAGCCCUCUACCCACAGAUGGACUUCCAGUGAUUCCUGGAAGCCAGAGAGCAAUUCAUACAUACUCUACACUGACAAACCCCCUUACCCAGCUUCUUUCACAAACACCAGACGCUCUAAUGGUACUUGAAAUACAUGACCUUGACGUCUUGAUCCUCCUUGGAUACAUGAAUCACCGGGUAUUGAAGCUGAUGUUGAAGUUGAUGCCUCCUUAAGGCCAUAUUAGACCAGCUGUACAUUGGACCUCCCAUCCUCAGCUAUGGUACUCUACUUCAUAUGCAAGGGAAGACCAUGAACUAUGAAAGCAGAAUUCAAAGACUGGCAACAUUAUCUAAAGGGUACCUGGUUAUUAUUCAUCUUCUCAAACUCACUAUCACUCAACCAGUGGCAAUUAAACACUACUCCUUGGUUUUUAUUGCUGUUUCCAGGAUAAAUGAGCUAAUAACCUUUGAAAAAUCGCUAAAACAAUUCCUCCAUCACUGGCAUAUCUGCCUAUUCUGCUCCAAAAUUAUAAAUACUUCUCAGCUCUAACUACGUGUAAUACCUGACCCACAAGAGACAGUCUCUGAACAUCCUUUCUCGUGUGUGAGAUUUAAAACGUGGCCAUUUCGAAAAUUUUCUUCCAGCCAAUGAGAGAUUUUAAAAUGGGUCUUUUGAUGUCUGGUACCAUCAGCUGUUGAUGUUGAUGAUAUUUGGAGGUAGGCCUUUUGACCAGGCUUUGAUGGCUUACUUGGUGGGCAUCUCAAAUUGCAUAUCAUCUACCUUUUUGCUGGAAAUGUAGACUGACUGGAAAGGAAAUCUACAAAGCUUGCAGCUAAAGAUUUUAUCAGUAGACUCAAGAGCUUCCUGCCGCUUCUUCCUAAUGUCACAAGACCACAGUCCCCUGUCCUUGUGGAUGUUUUCAUGGAAUUUCAUCUGCCUCAAUACUGUUGUUUUACACUGAAUCAGAGUGUCUGACUUCAUUCCUUGUCGUGAAAUACUCUCAGGCAUUAAGACAACUUAUCUGUUCAGGAGGGAUUUGAUUCAUGAACUCCCAGACCAGAUCAUGUAGAACAAGUAGACUUUGAUUUGUACCAUGAGAAAAAUCUCAUUUCUUUACUUCAGAAUUGACUGAAGGGCCAGCUGUCCUCAACUACUUUAACGAAUGCACUGGUUAAAUGUUGGAAGUGUUUAUAUCUUUGUCUCUUAUCCUCUAGACUAACCAUGAUUAUAUGACUCGGUCUACAAAUCAUCAAACAAGGCCUAAGUCUGGUUACUCUACACUGCUCACCCUCAACAAAUAAAAUCUGAUGAGUAGCCUGGUUGUAUAUACAAUUAUUACUUGUAAAGAAGAAAUUAUCUACAAGCUCAGUUUUUCUACUGCCUUCAAAAUGUCAGCUCAAUUUUUGUUUUCUCCUGUACUUGACCGAAAAAGACAUUGAUCUACACUGCCAGUCAUCCCUUUAAUCCUGUCAAAAUGAGGGACCUAAGGUAAAGAUGAUCAUCUGUUCAAGAGUCUAAUGUACACUGUGUAUAAGAUUGUGGAAAAAGCCUGAAACUCAAACCUAGUAUCUUACUAUCUCCAUGCCUCAGACCUCAUCUUUCAGCAGUACCAUUCAGCCAAUCUGAGGCCUUGACUUGUUGAUAAGAUGAUUCUCAGAGAUGGGCUGAGUUACAGAAGAUGGAGACUUAAUUACCAAAGAAAGUAGGGCCAACCUUGAUGAACCUGGCUCUCCCAACCCUGUCACUCCCAGAUGUAGCAUAGACUCCUAAACAGAACCUCAAGUCUGGAUUAAGGAGAUGGCCUCCUGAGCUGAAAGUUCUUGGGCAGAUGAGUAGGAAAAUGAAAGUUGCUGUACCUGACUGGCCCCUUAAGAUCAGAAAAUUGUAUCCAGAGUAAACCCUGUGAAUUAACCCUGGAGUACUCAGGGUUAAAACUAAUUGACAGAGCUUCAAUAUUAAAUUGCCUGUUACUCCAGAUCGUAGCCUGGCUAUUGAUAUGGCUGGCCCUGCUAAAGCUACUUUACUUACUUGUCUAUUUACCUGACUCUGCCCUUGCCUGAC